GCGCGUCCCCCGGGCUCGCCGGACCAACCCCCUCCCCACCCAGGGGUCGCGGGCUCCGUCCCGGGGAGCCACUCUGCGGCGGGCGGGAGCGCGCUGCGGGGCCGGGCGUUGGAGCGGCUCCCCGGAGGGACGCUCCGUGCGCCUCCGCCGGGCCCCUCCCCGUUCCGCGCCGGGCUCCUCGAGGGCUGCGCGCACCCGCCGGGUGACCGGCUCCCCGUCUUGUCCCGCAGGACCCGCCCGGACGGGACCACGCCGCCGCCGGGAGCCGCGCGCCAGGUCCCGCCUGAGCCGAGCCCAGCCGCACUCGGGGCCGCGGCCGCCGCCGGCGGGGGAUGGGGCAGCCCGGGAGGCGCGCAGAGCCCGCAGGGGGAGCGCGGAGCCGGCGCGCAGCCUGAGCGCCCCAGCCGCCCGCGCCGGCCGGUCCGUGCGCACCGCUCCCCGCCGCCGCCACAGCCGCCGCCGCCUCGAUGGCGACGUCUCCGCGGCUCUGCUGACCGCCCCGAGCCGCCCGCCCGCCCGCCCGCCCUCGGAACCCGGCCGGCGGGGAGCGGCCUGCCCCGGAAGCUUCCCGCCCGCCCGGCCUCGCCAUGGCGCUGCGGUGCCUCCUGCUGCCGCCGCUGCUGCUGCUGCUCUCGCUCGAGUCCCUGGACCUGCUGCCCGGCGCCCUGGGCGCUCGCGGCCGCGCCGCCAACCGGACCCUGAGCGCCGGCGCCUCUGCCGUCGGGGGCCGACGGUCCGGGGGCGCCCUGGCCCGGGGCGGCCGCGAGCUGAACGGCACCGCCCGGGCGCCCGGAGCCCCGGAGGCGGGGAGCCGGCGGGGGCAGCCCGCGGCCGCGGUGGCGGUGGCGGCGGCGGCCAGCUCGACCGUCACCUACGAGACGUGCUGGGGCUACUACGACGUGAGCGGCCAGUACGACAAGGAGUUUGAAUGCAACAACAGCGAGAGCGGCUACCUGUACUGCUGCGGCACCUGCUACUACCGCUUCUGCUGCAAGAAGCGCCACGAGAAGCUGGACCAGCGCCAGUGCACCAACUACCAGAGCCCGGUGUGGGUCCAGACGCCCAGCACCAAGGUGGUGUCGCCGGGGCCGGAGAACAAGUACGACCCAGAGAAGGACAAGACCAACUUCACCGUCUACAUCACCUGCGGGGUGAUCGCCUUCGUCAUCGUGGCCGGCGUCUUCGCCAAGGUCUCCUACGACAAGGCCCACCGCCCCCCUCGGGAGAUGAACAUCCACAGGGCUCUGGCUGACAUCUUAAGACAACAGGGACCAAUCCCCAUAGCACACUGUGAAAGAGAAACUAUCUCGGCUAUCGAUACCUCUCCCAAAGAGAACACGCCUGUCCGAUCUUCUUCCAAAAACCACUACACUCCUGUGCGUACAGCCAAGCAGACUCCAGGACAUCAUGGGAAGGAUGCUUACCGAAGUGGAGGACCUGAUCUCCAUAACUUCAUCUCGUCUGGAUUUGUCACAUUAGGAAGAGGACACACAAAGGAGAAGCCACGAAUGAACAACAUCCUGACAUCAGCCACGGAGCCCUAUGACCUCUCUUUCUCCCGCUCCUUCCAGAACUUGGCCCAUUUACCCCCUUCUUAUGAGUCUGCUAUGAAGACCCACCCCAGCAAGUACUCUUCCCUGAAGAGAUUAACUGACAAGGAUGCCGAUGAGUACUACAUGAGGAGAAGGCACCUGCCAGACCUUGCUGCCCGAGGAACCCUCCCCCUCAACGUUAUCCAGAUGUCCCAGCAGAAGCCGUUGCCAAGAGAGCGACCCCGCCGCCCCAUCCGGGCCAUGUCCCAGGACAGGGUCCUGUCCCCGGAGCGGUGCCUGCCGGAUGAAUUCGGCCUGCCCUAUGACCGCAUCCUGUCAGACGAACAGCUGCUCUCCACAGAGCGCCUGCACUCCCAGGACCCGCUGCUGUCCCCAGAGCGGACGGCCUUCCCCGAGCAGUCCCUGUCGCGGGCCAUCUCGCACACGGACGUCUUUGUGUCCACGCCCGUGUUGGACCGCUACCGCAUGACCAAGAUGCACUCCCAUCCCAGUGCCUCCAAUAACUCCUAUGCCACCCUGGGCCAGAGCCAGACAGCAGCCAAGCGCCAGGCCUUCGCCUCUCGCAGACACAACACAGUGGAGCAGCUGCACUAUAUCCCGGGCCACCACACCUGCUACACAGCUAGCAAGACCGAAGUGACCGUCUGACCAACCAGGCAGGGCCAGGCCUCAAGGCGAGGCGGGGCAGGGCAGGGCAGGGCAGGGCAGGGCAGGGGUCGGGAUGGGUGUGGAACAGAGCUUCUGGCUCUCUGUGUCUCCCUUCCCUGUCUCCACCAUAGGAGGACAGGGAAGGGCCGCCUAUGCCGGGGAAAGCCAUACUCCCAGGGACCCAGCCCAGCGUCCUGGCAAAGCAUGCUCAGACCUGGGGUGUAGAGCAAGAGUUAUCACUCUUCCAGAAGAGUCAGUGGGUGUAAGGAGAGGGUUAAGGCCCUAGUCUCUGCCCACCCUAUCACCUAUCACCAACUCCCCCUCAAUUUCAUGUCUCCCCUUCCCCCCCUCUUGGGGACUCAGUGCCAGGUUCUGUCAGCCAAGAGACCCUGGCCUGACCCUGGGUCGAAGCUGCCUGGGUUUGAAUUGGCCAGCAGGUGCAGUCCACAGGCUGACCAGAUAGGCUACUCGGUCUCAUUCAUUUACCUAGAACAGCAUCACGGAAAUCUUCUAGUGCCUAAAAACUGACUGCUCACUCUCUCAGAGCCAGGGAGCUGCUGUGUCCAUAAGCACAAUAAUGAUUAUCUUCUAGAACUCUGAUCCCCACUGAGUGGCCCUUCCUUUGCUGGCCCUGCACCCCUCCCCAUUCCUUCUU